GCCGCUUUCGGUUUCCAUCUGACUCGCCCCGUUUCCUGGCUCGGCUCGGAGCCGCCCGGCAAAAGGGGCGUUGGAGGGAGACCGAGCGGACCCCGCGCCCCGGGCAGGCCGCCCCCCCAGCGCGAUGGAGAUCCCCAUGCCGGCCCCCAUCUGCCUGAUCGAGAACAGCCCGGAGGGGGAGCUGCGGGUGCAGCAGGAGGCGCUGCAGGUGCUGGCGGAGAUCUCCCAGCCAGUGGUGGUGGUGGCCAUCGCCGGGCUGUACCGCACUGGCAAGUCCUACCUCAUGAACAAACUGGCCAGCAAGAGAUCAGGGUUCUCGCUGGGCUCCACCAUCCAGUCGCACACCAAGGGCAUCUGGAUGUGGUGCCUGCCCCACCCCCGCCGGGCCGGCCACACCCUGGUGCUGCUGGACACCGAGGGGCUGGGCGACGUGGAGAAGGGCGACGCGAAGAACGACACGUGGAUCUUCGCGCUGGCCGUGCUUCUCAGCAGCACCCUGGUCUAUAACAGCAUGGGCACCAUCAACCAGCAGGCCAUGGACCAGCUGCACUACGUGACAGAGCUGACGGAGCGCAUCAAGGUGAAGGCGGCGGGCAGGGGCAGCCGACAGGAGGGGGAGGAUUCGGCCGAGUUUGUGCGGUUCUUCCCGGCCUUCGUGUGGGCCGUGCGGGAUUUCACGCUGCAGCUGGAGCUGGACGGGCGGAAGAUCACCGAGGACGAGUACCUGGAGAAUGGCCUGAAACUAAAGCCAGGCAGCAGCCAGCGAGCCCAGCUCUUCAACCUGCCCCGCGAGUGCAUCCGCCAGUUCUUCCCAGCCCGGAAAUGCUUCGUCUUCAUCCAGCCGGCCGGCAGGAGGGACCUGGCCCGGCUGGAGGAGCUGCGGGAGGACGAGCUGGAGCCUGAGUUCCGGGAGCAGGUGGCCCAGUUCUGCCGCCACGUCUGGGAGAUGUCGAAGCCCAAGACCAUCCCGGGUGGCCACGUGGUGACCGGGGCCAUGCUGGGGAACCUGGCGGUGACCUACGUGGACGCCAUCCGCAGCGGGGUGGUGCCCUGCAUGGAGAACGCGGUGCUGGCCCUGGCGCAGAUCGAGAACUCGGCGGCGGUGGGGGAGGCCGUGGCUGUCUACGAGGAGCAGCUGGGGCGGCGGGUGGCGCUGCCCACGGAGAGCGUGCAGGAGCUGCUGGAGCUGCAUGCCCAGUGCGAGCGGGAGGCGCUGCGGGCGUUCAUGGCGCGCACCUUCAAGGAUGACGACCGCCGCUUCCAAGGGGAGCUCAUGCGCCGCUUGGAGGAGCAGAAGCAGGAGCUCUGCUGGCGCAAUGAGGUGGCGUCCUCUGACCGCUGCAAGGCCGCCCUGCUGGAGCUGUCGGACGAGCUGGAUGACCGGAUCGGUGAGGGGGUCUACUCAGUGCCCGGGGGCUACCAGCGCUUCCUGGACGACCGGCAGCACAUGGUGGAGAGAUACCGGCAGGUGCCGGGGAAGGGGGUAAAGGCCGACGCGGUGCUGCAGGAGUUCCUCCAGUCCAAGGAGGCUGUGGCCCAGUCCAUCCUGCAGACGGACGAGGCCCUGACGGAGAAGGAGAAGGAGAUGGCAGCCGAGCGAGCCCGGGCCGAGGCGGCCGAGCGGGAGCAGCAGGUCCUGAAGCAGAAGGAGGCUGAGUUGCAGCAGAAGCUGGAGGACCAGGACCGCAGCUACCAGGAGAACCUGCGGCAGCUGGAGACGAAGCUGGAGGACGAGCGGAAGAAGCUGCUGGAGGAGCAGGGCAAGAUGAUGGAUCAGAAACUGAAGGAGCAGGAGGCCCUGCUGAAGGAGGGGUUCCGGGAGGAGGCCGGACGCCUGGAGAACCAGAUCCGGCACCUGCAGCAGCAGAAUGAGGAGAUCCGGAAGCCGUCGUGGAUCCAAUCAGCGCUGGGGGUGCUGACCGACGUGGCCACUCUCAUGCUACCUGGCAUUGUCGGCAAGGUCGCCAGGGUCGCCACCAACAUCUUCCGGCGCCUGUUCUGAUGGGGUCCCCGGCCGCCCACUCGCCUCUGUACCCCAGCGCCCGUUCACCUGCGGAACCCCCCGCCACAGGACACUCCUCCAGAGAGCAGCUUUAACGUCCAGCAAAGGCUCCCAACUUCCUGGCUGGGGCUGGACCCCCACUGGCGGGGUCAGGAAGGAAAAUCUCCCCCACAAGGCCGUAUAGGGAGGGAGACGUGCUACCUCAAGGUGCACAGGUGCUGUUGGAGAGGGAUCCCGGGAUGCAUGGGCCCAUUGGCCUGAGCUGUGGGCACGACCCAGGUGAAGUGGCCACCAGAACGUCACCCCCGGGGGGAGUGAAAUGCUGCCCACACCUGGAGCUGAGGCAGCCUUCUGCCCCGGGUACCUCCCCAGCCCCAGGCCGAGGGGUGGGAGCUGGUGUGGGGGGAGGGUGCCUCUCGCCUUGCCUCGUAGCUGGUUGGCUUUAAACUCUGCAGUUAAAUAAAUGUCCCCACGAACCUCCCUU